AUGGUGUGUGUUGAAAACCCGUUUCUUCACUGUCAGCCUGUUCUCUUGAAACCAGAGCAAGUGUUGCUGUGCACACCUUUCAACAAGCAACCCUUUCUCUUAGCUGGGAGUGGAGAAUUCGGUUCUAGAAAUACUUCCACAAUUAUUCCUUCUCACUCUGAAGCUUCCAGGCUGGAUAAACAUAAUUUCAUCUAUGCCAAAAACAGACUACUAAGAAACAGAAUAAAUAUUAAUAAAUACCUGUAUCAGUUGUACAGUCUAAAUGCCUCAAUAAAUACCAGCAUUUCUGCCACUGCUAAUUUGUUCAAUAAAUUAGCUAGCAUGACUUUCCAUAUGGUGUAA